AUGAAUGUGUGCAAGCGGGACGGAGCAGAGGAGCAGAGGUUUUGUAAGAGUGUGCUGACGUAUGGUCUGGUGGUGUGGUUCUCCAGCUGCACAAAGGCCGAGAAGCAGGCGAUCCAGAGGGUGGUGAAAACUGUUGGAAAGAUCAUUGGAGCUCCUCCCCCAGAGAUCUCCAGUGUGUACACGUCCCGCUGCCUGUGGCGGUGUCACAACAUCAUCAAAGACCACUCCCAUCCAACACACCGACUGUUCCACCUGCUGCCCUCGGGCCGGAGGUACAGGUCACUCCUUGCCCGAACCAGCAGAAUGGCCAACAGCCUCUAG